AAGAUGGCGGAAGGAGGAGUAAAAGAGGGCAGUACAGGUGAUCCUGGAGAAUCUCUCGGUAUCAAAGCCAUUCUCGUCGGUGCAACGGGUGCUAUCGGCGAAUGCUUAUUGGGAGAGCUAGUGGCUUCAAAGAAUUACAGCAAAAUAGUUGUACUUGGCAGACGUGAAUCACAAGUUCCAGAAAAGUAUGGUGUUGAUCAAAAAGCAGAAGAGAGUAGUGGCCGACUUCAGCAGCAUAAAGUUGACUUUGAACAAAUAAGUAAUGAUACUGUAGGUGAAUAUUUCAAAGAUAAGGAUGUCUUUUUUUGUACUCUUGGCACGACAAGAAAGACUGCAGGAUCAGCAGAAGCAUUUCACCACAUUGACCAUGACUAUGUCGUUAACUGUGCCAAGGUUGCAAGGGAUGUUGGUGUUUCAUCGGUCAGCUAUGUUUCCUCUCAAGGAGCAAAUGCAAAUAGUUGGUUUCUAUACCCUAAAACUAAGGGCGAAGUGGAAGAAGCAUUGAAAAACUUGAAAUUCAAGUUUACAAGCAUAUACAGGCCAGGUCUUUUGGAUCGUGGGUCAAAAAAAAGAUUUGUAGAAAAACUUGCAGGUUGGGUGGUUAAUUCAAUUGCAGUCAGUGAUGUGGCUAAAGCCAUGAGAGUAGAUGGAGAAAAGCAAGUACAACAAAAAUCUUCUGAGACUGAAGUCACCAACCUGUACUUCAACGAUGACAUGUGGAAGCUUUGUUCAGAAAGUUAGAUARGUUGCAGACUGGUAUACACCUAUUUCAAAAAAUGUUGUCGGUUGGAUAUCUAAAAUCAGAAAUCUGAGAAYGAUUGGAAUUGUGAGGGACUGUGUUUUCUCGUUAAAUAUUCAAUAUAUACUUACACAGAUAGUUUGCCAGCACAGGUCAUUGCUCAAAGUUAGUAUAAAUUAUCAAAAUAUUAACUUUUUGUGAACUACUAAUUAAAACCACAAACAAUAUUACAUCUUACAACCCACAAUUCCUUUCGGUCUCAGAUUUCAGAUCUCCGACCGACAACAUUUUUUGAAAUAGGUGUAUAUUCMACUAUUAGAGUAUUCAUACUUAACAAUUAUUCACCAAAGGCAUUCAGUGAUUAUCGGUGGAAUACUUUCUUCAAGCGGCAAGGUAAGUAUUCACCAUAAUCACUUUGCCUUCAAGGGUGAAUAAUAAUUACUGUUUUGGUACAAUCUUAGACUUGAAUAUCAGAGAAAAGACGAAAUUAAAGAUGAAAAAUAAUUUUUGUAUACUUCCUUUGCCAAACUUUGCAACACCUCAUAAUCUCUGCUUGAGCAGUGAUUAUCAUCUCAGAAUCACUGGUCGCUUGACCAAUCAUAGUGCACAAAACUAAUGUAAGCCWAAAUUCAGGGUUCGUGCUACUCCUUGAAAUCCUUGAAAAGUCCUUUAAUUGAAAACACGAGAAAGUAGCACGAACCCUGUAAAUUUAUGGUAAAUUGAUGCAAGUCUAAAAUUAUACUAAAAUUGCUAAUAUGUCUGCAGUGUUGCAAUUUAGAGGUGGAAAUGCAACACCAAACACUGCCAAGCAACAUUAGUCACCUAGAACUUUUUUUUUCAUUCACAUUAUAUGAUCAUUUAUGAUUAAACAAUUAACACCAGUUAGACAAGUGGCACUGGAGAAUCGAAACACUAUAAUUAUAUUACAGUAAUGAUGAAAAGGUAAAUUAUACACCGUGAAAAAGAUGAAAAAACUUACUGA